CUUAAAGGUGACAUAUACCUGCACAAACACAGAUAUCGGUACAACUAUGAACUCCAUACAUGAAGAACUAACAAAAAUGGAUAUAUGGUGUGACACCUGGAGACUUGAGUUUAAUGUCGAAAAGUGUGGCUGGCUCUGCAUAGGCUGUCCCAACCUAGAACUCGACCUAGCAAUUCAGGGCCACAAAAUCCCUAGACUCAAAUCUGUGCUAGACCUAGGACUGACAUAUUCACAAAAUCUAUCAUUUUCUGAACAUAUCUCGAAACAAGUAUCGAAAUCACGCAGGCUUAUUGGUUUCCUACUCAGGAACUUCUACAGAAGUGAAUCCAGAAUACUACUGUACAAGGUUUGUGUGCGCCCACUCCUAGACUAUUGUUCAUUCAUAUUUAGUAGUAUACGCAUAGAAGACAAACUAAAAGUAGAAGGAGUACAGAGGUACUUCACGCUGAAAGUAAUCGGAACCGAAAACGGCACAAACUACUCUACCAGAUGUGAAAUUCUAGGACUAGAAACAUUAUGGUUAAGACGACUGCGGUUAAAUCUGGUACUCUUCUAUAAACUACUUAACCACAUAGUGUAUACCCCUACUAAUUGUACUCGGUUUUCAGAAGACACUGGAUAUAACCUUAGACACACUCAAGGUACGGUGGCUAUAGAACAAUGUAAAACAGCCACCAGGCAAAAAUUUUUCAUGAUUAGGUAUGCCCAAAUAUGGAACAAACUACCUGAGGAAAUGCGACUAGCAAGCUCACUAGUGUCCUUUGAAAAAGCUCUUAAUGACACACUAAGUGGGUUUGUAAGUGAUACCAGUGCUAAUUCCCAUGUAAGAGCUUCAGAAAUUAUAGGCCCAUUUAAUGUAUGAACUUAGAGACUACACCUGUUGUUUCUUUUGCCUUUAUCUAUAAUUUCAGACAAACAAGCAGCAGUCAUGAAAAUAACACUCAUACAAAUAAGAGUCGAUCGAAUUAUGUCUACCUGAUAC